CUCUCUGAGUUUGUCGGUUUCCUAAAUAUAGCGGACGAGGAUCUGUGUGUGUGUGUGUGUGUGUGUGUGUGUCUGCCGAAGACACUUAAAAUAAAAACAAACUAUUUGCAGCAGCUUACAAAGGGCAAGCCAUGAAAAACUGACACUGGAGUAACACAGCUGACAGUGGAACUAUGUGUUAAGGAUUGUCUGUUGAACUCUUGACUACCUGAAGCCCACUGAUAUUCUUCUUCGGCUGUUAGAAGAAGUUGUUUUUGCAAUGGGGAGGAAGAAGAUCCAGAUCACCCGGAUUGUAGAUGAGAGGAACCGACAGGUGACUUUCAUGAAGAGGAAGUUUGGUCUGAUGAAGAAGGCCUAUGAGUUGAGCGUUCUGUGUGACUGUGAAAUCGCCCUCAUCAUCUUUAACAGCUCCAACAAGCUGUUCCAGUAUGCCAGCACUGACAUGGAUAAAGUCCUGCUGAAAUACACCGAGUACAACGAACCCCAUGAGAGCAGAACCAAUUCUGACAUUGUAGAGGCCCUGAACAAGAAGGAGCACAGAGGCUGCGACAGCCCCGAUGCUGACUCCUCCUACGUCCUCACCCCCACUACUGAGGAGAAAUACAAGAAGAUUAAUGAAGAGUUUGACAACAUGAUGAAGGGUCAUAAAAUUUCCCCCGGCCUUCCACAGCAGAACUUCAUGCAUGGCAGCAUGUCGUACAGCCCCGGUGCAGGAGGAGGAGGAGUAACCUCCCAAGCUCUAGCUGCAGCCACAGCCGCUCUGGCUGACAGUGGGACCCUCUCCUCGCCUCACACACACCUCCACAGAAACAUAAACCCUUCACAAAGACCUCCCAGCACUGGAAACACAGGUGGCUUGCAGGGUAGCUCUGAUAUGGCUCUGCAAAAUGGGUCUGGACCAGUUGUGAACGGUUUUGUGGGCUCACAUGGUGGAGGCAGCUUGGGGAAGAUCAUACCACCCAAAUCUCCUCCUCUUCCACCUCCUGGGAACAACAUGGUCCCUACCAGCCGCAAGACAGACCUCCGAGUGGUCAUCCCUCAGUCCAAAGGAAUGAUGCAAACACUGAGUAACCAGAGGCUGAGCAGCAGUCAGUCCAGCCAGCCUCUGUCCACCCCAGUGGUCUCCAUCACCACACCCAGCCUGCCUCACCAGAGUCUGGGCUACUCCGGCAUCAGCUCUGCCUACAACAACGAUUACUCUCUGAACAGUGCCGAGCUGUCGGGCUUCGGCUCCCCUGCAGGGCCCUCUUUGGGCUCCAUGGCGGCAUGGCAGCAACACCAGCUGGUCUCACUGGGGUCGGGGAGCUCCAAUCUCUCCAUCAACACCAACCACAACGUCAACAUCAAAGCCGAGCCCAUCUCCCCACCCCGCGACCACCUCAGCCAAUCAGGGUACAUGACCCAGGCUCAUGCCCCUUCCCAUCCUCACCCAUCCACCAGAGCAGACAUGGGGAGGUCUCCUGCAGACAGCGUCUGCUCCUCCUGCAGCUCCCAUGAGGGGGGCAGCGACCGCGAAGAGCAGCAGCAGCGGCUGGACUUCCACAUGAGUCGCUCAGAGGGCAGGCAGAGUCCCACGCUCAAACGCAUGCGAAUGGACAGCUGGGUGACAUAGACACCUACAUGACAUCACACAGGGCAAUCACAGGAGGGACACUGUUAUGCAAAUUAAGUGUGGAUUGUAUUGAUGUGUUUCUGUUAUUUUCACUUUCAGUUAUCUUUGUUUUUUAUGUUUUUUUGUGGACAGAUUUUUGUGGUCGGAAGUGUUGAGCAAAAAUAGCCUGAAAAUGAUGGAUCUGUCAGAAUCAUCUCAUCAACUUUCAGAAAAUCUUCAAGAGUACUUAAAACACAACAUGCCGUCCUUUUUCAAAUAUAAAUCAUUUAAGCAUCAGAGACAAUAAUAAUGUGGGUCCAAUUGCAGUACAAUCUGUCAUUUUCUUAUCCAGUGGGAUGCAGUACUUUACACAGAACAAUCAGAAAAGCUGAGAUUAGUGUUUUUUGCCAGUCUUGUGGCUUCAUGAUUUGGGUAGUAAAGCAGUGAAGUGCUUCUGGAUGUCUCCCACUGGGGGUCACCUAAUUCAUUUCUGAUCUUCUCAGGGUUUGAAACAUUGAACAAGUCCAACAUGAAAGUAAUACUCCCUGCACAUCAUCCCUGUUAGUCCUCUUUAUAAAAACACUUAAUUUAUAUCAGCCAAAGCAGUGUGCUGUUUUUAUGUUGUUUGUGUUUGUUUUUAUAUUGUGCACAGAAUAAGACAAUUUUUCAUCAGAUUUAAAACUCAAAGCCAUGGACACUUGUUCUGUCUGUACUAUACUAUGAAAUAUGUCAUUAUUGUUUUGUAUGUACUAUCUUUAAUAUAUAUCACUUUUGGUGUAACUAUAUAUCGUUGAUCUGUCUAUUGUAUCUGCCUGGGUGAAAUAUGACACCUCCACCAGAUUUGACAAAAGUAUAUUUUUGUGGAUGAUUGCCAUAUUUACAAGGCGUUGUCCUUUCCUUUCGUACGCCAUCCUGCACUAUCUUGAAACCAGGGUCUCCAAUAAUGUACUGAAAGGGACAUGCAAGAAAAUAUUUGUUAUUGAACAAAAGAAAUAUAGCUCUUCAGAAAUUGUUUUACAAAAGGGAUGUACUAUAACAGACAAAGAUGGCAAUAGAAAAUGAUAAAACUUUCAGAUUUUGUGCGAUGGCCUCAGCAGGGCUAAAUCUGGCCAGACUGAUAAGGUGAGGUGAGCAUAGACUCACAUGGGACGAGAGGAAAGCUACUUUAUUAAUCUCAGAACGAGUCUCUUGUCACAAUAACCACAGAGAAACACACAAGAACAAAGUUGUACUUAUAUUGUGUGUUUGUACAUGAGGUAACUUCCUCUUUGAUCAUUUAAGUCACAAUGAAGGAACUAAACUUAAAGAUGCAUUAAUAAAAUUUGAUCAGAAGUUCAUACACUGAUGAAUAUU